AUGGCGACUUCACAAGAGCGGUACAUCGCCCACCCCGGCCAGCUGCAAGAGCCCGACAUUGCCGGACAGCUGUCCGACCUGCAUCUGGCUGACGGCGCCGCUACUUCCGAGGACGCGACGACGCGGCGCCCAGCACCGCCGCGGCUGAGGCUCGCGCUCCUCCAGCCGCUGGCCGACCCGGCCGUGCUCGCCGCCUGCCGCAAGCCCGCGCCCGAUGCAGCUGCCAACCUCGACGACGAAGACACAGGGGUAGUCUCCCCUGCUAUCGUCGGCAUCGGCCACGAGUACCUCGACAUCACCCCCCUCGACGAGGCGUGGCGCAAGGCCCUGGCCAAGGCGCCUCCCGUUUCGCAGAUCACAUUUGACCUGCGCCUCCCAAGGGCGGUCGGCAGCGACGGAGACGGUAGCGAAGAAGCUCACUCGGGGAUCUACUGGGAAACGACGGUGUCGCGGCGCGGGGAGCAGUUUGCGCUGCCGGUGCGCAACGUGACGCGCCUGGUGACCACCAUCGCCAUCGUGGCGCGGAUCCGGGCGCGGGGAGGAGGAGGGGACGUGCGCUUCGAGCUGAGCUACGACGUGACGGACGGCCUGCCGAGCAAGCUUGUCGAGACGCUGAGAGCGUGCCUCGUCGGCAUAGAGAGCGCGAACAACAUCAGACCUCGGGCCGGGACGGUUCGCGGUGCUGACGCCGGCGGGAGCGCCUGA